GCGAAAUCACGACGGAGGUCACCCUAUUUCUAAACAAGUGACAGGUGCUGCUGCAUGGGUCCGCUAUAUUUGCGCGCCAGAAAUCUUCAAACUCAAAUUUGUUUACAUCACCUGGUUGAAAAAUGGAAGCUGUAAAGAUAAAAUUACUUGCACCGGCGUGCUGCCCCAACUGCGGUUACGACCUACGACCAGACAACCCGCAAGGCACACCAGAACCUGCAGCGAAGACGAUCGAAGGCCUGUUCAACUACGUCAAGCCAGCGGAACCACCCAGGGCACCCCGGUGGCCACGGUCCCAAUCGCCGCCCACGGAAAGACGUCCACCGUACGGCUCGAGGUCCCCCGUCAAUAAGGCAGCCUGGAGACGAUCCCGCAGAGCCGGGCGAGAGAGAAGUCGUGCCUGGAAGCUGAAAGUAGGAGCCAAAGCGGUUCCGCCCAUCAAUCCGGUUCAAAAACGAUUGCUGGAGAUUGCGUCGGAAGAGGUCGGCGUUGUGAAAGUUGAGCCAUCGGUUACACAGGUUCCUGCUGAACGGUUUGCAGCCGAUGAUCGCAAGACAUUCGACAGAGCUUCCGAAUCGUGUAACGACGUCAACCAAAGCGAGGUGGAUAAUUUUUUAGCAAAUUUCUUCGAAGACAACGAUGCCAGGAAGGUUGCUUCCAGCCCCAAAAGGCCUAAGCCACAAAUUCCGCAGGAGGCACCUCGCCCAAAAAAGGCGUCGUGGAAGGGCUAUUGCGUGGUGCAGCCGGACAAUUUUGUACGCCACACCGUAGAUCCGACAGCUUACGAUUCAGUCGGCGGGGAAGUAGUGUCGGUGCAGGUGCCCACAGAGAGCGGACGGGUUGUGGCCAUUCAUAACCACUUUUACGGUGAAACCGUCGUAAUUCCGGACACUCCCUAAAGCGGUGUAUGCACUUCGGAAGGAAUCGGUCAAGAAAAAAUUCAAUUGGGCAGCAGCGGCAGCAGAAGCAAGCCAGAGAGGGUGAUGCAAAACCACAAGAAAUCGCUCUCUCACCUUUGUUCUGCUGUUCGUAAGGCUGUUUCUUGACACUUUCCUUCCGAUCUGCGUACUAGCCGAUCGCCUAAAUUUUCGAAUUUUUGUUACGAACAUUUUUACUUUCCUUUUUUUUGUUAAGUUUAAAGAUUAAAUUAUAUUUUAUGCUGUACUGAAUAAUUUAUCUGAGGAUUUCCAUGAAAAUAGAUGUAAGCUGAUAGCAAAUACGAUUUGUGAACUUUAACCUUUUGAGCAAUAAAAAUACCUU